GUAUCUGACCGCUCUCAAGCUUCCAAACCUCACUGAUAGAUCCAAAGCCAGCACACCACAAACCAGCAGCCAUGAGGACCAGCAUCGCCCUCGUCAUCGUGGUGGCCGCCAUCAUCUACGCCGUCGCCAUGCCCGCCACGGCGAUGCCCGGCCGGUGGGAACACAUCGGUAACAUCAACGACCCGAAGAUCCAGGGGCUGGGCCGUUGGGCGGUGGCGGAGCACGUGAAGCAGGCGGGCGGCCGGCUCAGGUUCAUCAAGGUGGUGCUGGGCACGGUGCAGGUGGUGUCGGGCUUCAACUACCGGCUCGUCGUCGAGGCGCUGAACGGCGCCGGCAAGAAGGACGCGUACAAGGUGGAGGUGUACGAGGCGGCAGCCAACAAAAGGCGCAAGCUCAUCUCCUUCGCCCCGGUCGCCGAAGAGGCGUAGGCCUUUUGGUGUAUUUGUAAUUCUUGAUUGAUGGACAUCGUCACAGCUCACAAGCAAUAUUCAUGAGGCAUCAACAAGUUACAGAUCCAACUGCAUUACCUUUGACUCACAUAAUCUAAAUGUCACCCCCGUGCGUAUUCUAGAAAAAAAAAUUGAGCUAACUGGUGGAAAACGUGGAUGCCUUAUACUCCCUCUGUUCCUAAAUACUCUCUCCGUCCCAAAAUAAGUGACUCGACUUUGUACUAGCUUUAAUACAAAAUUAGUACAAAGUCGAAUCACUUAUACGAAGGGAGUAGUCUUUUUAGACAUUUCAAAUGGACUACAAC